AUGGUCAAAAAAGACUCGGACGCUCUCCAAUACAGGAGCAAGCGACUACAAACCUUCACGGAAGGUGUCAAAGUCGGCAAUAGCAAGACUCCAAAGCAAUGGACUCAGACCACUGUGGAUGUUGGCCAUUUGGCAGAUCUCGGUUUCUACUACUCUCCAGCCAGAAACUUGCCACACCAGGUGACGUGUUUUUGGUGUGGCAAAAAGGAGAAAACCCUUGAGAAUGUCUCCUCGGUCGCAGAGUUCCAUUUGACCAACAGCCCUCAGUGUCCAUAUGCGACGAUUACCUCCAACUUGGAGAAGUUCAUCAUGGACUCUGACAAGGAGACUUUUUGGCAACGACUCAGCGAUAAUUGCCACAGAAAUCAUUUGACUGAGUCUGUCUUACACCCUCAUAGCAUUUCAUCGUGUCUGCUACGACAGCUGACCUUCAAGAAGUUGUGGAAGUUCGAUAAGGGUCGUAAAUCGAAGGUAUCAAGCCGAGGUCUAGCAAAGGCUGGUUUCUAUUAUUCUCCUCUCAGUCCUGAUAGCGAUAGGGUCAUUUGCAUGUAUUGUGACUGUCCUCUUGAGGAAUGGGAUGUUUUGGACGACCCUUUGGAGGAACAUAAAAGCAACUCAUUCACGUACUGUUACUUUCUAGACACCAUAGGAGUUGAGUUCCCCAAACUACCGAAGCCAGGGCAAAGAUCUGAAGAUCCUGAGACAGGUACUGAUUUGCUGGAUGGCACGAAUAACGUCAAAGAAAAUGAUCGCGAGCCACACAAUGCCCAUACAUCAAAGGCAGGUGGUGAAAGUGAUAUUGAUGACUAUCAUAGUACGUCACACCAUGACUCGCCGUUGAAUCUGAGUAUUCAUCAUCGUGACUCAGGAACGCCGUCACCAAACAUUCUACAAAAAGCAUCCGGUGCUUCAGAUUUCGAUGCCUUUGAUUUUUCGGUGGAAGAUCUCGAGAAUCAUGACCUGGGGACAAUUUUUAAUAACAAGAAGUCUCAAGAUAAGAAAAUUCGGAGACGCAAUCCGAAACGUGGCACUUUGGAAUCAAAAAUUAAGGGUAAAUCAAGACCAACUGAUACUGGGAUGUCAUUAGUUCUCGAAAUCCAGAAGGUUCCCAGCAGAGAAGACGAAUCUGGCUCAAUCCAGGAAGUAGAUGAUCUGACUCUUGGCCACCAAAUUACCGUGUCUGGAUCGAAAGGUAACUUUAUCAGGGAGGACUCAAAAGUGUCUGCUUACUCAGAGUCUUUGGAAUCUCAUUCUAGUGAGGAAGAGGUUUCGAAUAUAACGGAUCCAAGUUACGGGAACUCUACAAAUACUGAGGAGAAACUGCCUGCAAAUGGGCAGAAAAAGCGGAAAAAUGUCGCCAGUAACGGCCUGGUAGCCAAGAAGCAGAAGUCUUUGUUCAGUGAUGACGACUUGGGCUUGAAUCAAGCUCAGCUUGAAGAAAUCUUGAAUUCUCCACGCAAAGGAAGGAAAAUGAAGGUCAUCAAUAACAGAGCUGCCUCAACACCGCCCGAUAUCUAUGACUUGUCCAAUCAGAACAUUGGGGACUACGAAGAAGAGAAUAUAAGCUUCCUCGAAAACAACAUUAGAUUGAAGAAAGAAAAUGUAAUAGUGAAGCGAGAUUUGCUUUCGAAGGAAGUUACCACACCAAAGGAGUCUACAAUCAUUGAUACGACUAAGACAAAGGAGAGAAAGAAAGGCAAAAAAUCAUUGCAGGCGCAACUUGAUGAUAUGGUCAAGGAUAACUCGAGGACUUUCGAUAAACUGAAGCUGAAGUCGCUCAAGGAAUUCGACUCUAACGAAAAAACGCCUGAUAAAACUGGCUCAAACGACCUUCUUGGAGAUCACUCAGUACCUGAACUUUCUGCCAGCUUUCCCUCGACAAGCACACCAACCAAGAAAAAUGUUCACGUCAAUACGAUGAUAGGCUCAAUUGAGAAUCAGAGCAAUGAUGAAGGGGAGUUCAGGAGCCGUGAUGAAAAGCUGGAGUUGAUUCUGGAAGAAGUACGUAACGUGAAGGAAACAGGAGAAGCAAAGGAGAGCGAUCAAGAAGAAAAGGUUAAAGAGAUAGAAUUGGAAGUUUUCCCUGGUGAUGCGAUGGAUGUGGACGAGGAGGAGUUGGUGGAGGAAGUUGAACCAGUGGAGAAAGUUAAGAAGGUGGAAGAGCUGAACAAAGUGGUCGAAGUGGAUGCUGUUCAUGUGGAGGAUGCUGAGAUUCAAGCGGUGAAUGAGGAUGCUGAGAAAGAAGAAUCGAAAUUUGAUGUAAUGAAGGUUGACCACGAGGUACUCUCAAUAGAGGAACAAAAUCAGAUUAUAGCACAGGAAGAUUCGAGAGUGCAAACGGACGAUGCUAAUAGUUCCACCUCAAGUCAGCCUUCUGAGGACAAGGAUGCGAAAUUUUCUUACGAUAACGAAGAGAUUGUCCAGGAUGUCGAAGACCUUACAGGCUCGAAUGGGCCCCCCUCAGAAUUCAUGCCCAAAACAAAGACGCUUGCUAAUGCUACGCCAACUUUGCCUAUGCCCAGAGUCUCAGCGUUUGAUAGUGAUUCGUUUGAAAUUCCCGAUUUAAGCUUCAAUGGUGAGAGUGGUCACGGAGCUCUCAAGGAUGCUACAUUGAGUAGAAACAAAGAGAGUGCUAAUGAAGAAGUUACAUAUGAGGCACCUAACUUGAACGAGGCGGAUGUCCAACUCAAUGAAAAUGAGGUAAUAGAUGAAGGUUUAAGCUCGAGUGUUGAGGUAAAGGCAGUUGCAGAAGUUGAAGAACAGGAAGCUACUGAUCACAAGCUUUCUGAAAGGGAUCAACCAACUAAUGAAGUGAAAGCCAACGAUUCCGACGGACGUGGCAGUUCAGAUAUCUAUGGCGUUAAUGAAGUGACUUCAAAACUGGAGGCUCAGAUAUCUGACAUUCGAAUCAAUCAAGAGGAAUCAAAGAUGGAAAAAGAGGUAAAUGAAAAUGUUGUGGCAAUCGAGGGCAAACAUGAGGAGUGCGUCGAUGAAGUCAACCUUGUUGGACUUAUACAUGAACAAGAUUCAAAUCAGGAUGAGAAGGAUAUAAACCAGAUUGAGAAGGUUGAAAAGGUUGAGCCAUUUGAACAAGUUGAACAAGUCGACCAAGUUGACCAAGUUGAAGAAAUUGAGGAUGCUGGCCAAGUUGACCAAGUUGACCAAGUUGACCAAGUUGACCAAGUUGACCAAGUUGACCAAGUUGACCAAGUUGAAGAAGUUGAGGAUGCUGGCCAAGUUGACCAAGUUGACCAAGUUGACCAAGUUGACCAAGUUGACCAAGUUGAAGAAGUUGAGGAUGCUGGCCAAGUUGAGGAAACUGAACAGACUGAACAAGUUGAGGAUGCUGGACUCGCUGAGCAGGAUGUACACUGUGAUGAGCCGAGUAAAGAUCAAACUAAUAGAGGUUCAUCUGAACAGAGAAUGGAUACGAGUAAAACUGAGAUCAACGAGAUUGAGGUUAGGACAGAGGAAAAUCCUAUCGAAUUGGAACAUGCUGACAGCCAUCAUGAUGAAGAUAUCAGGGUUCCAGAUUCGACCUUCAAUUUCGAUGAGCGAUCUGAACAAAGGGACCUAAAUCUCUCACCAUCAUACCAGGAGUACGUGAACGACAUGAAGGACAUGGAAAACGAACUUGUUGGCGAUGAUAAUAAUCUGCUCUCAAAAACAGAAGUCAAGUCUUCCGCAGGAUCGAUAAUUGAAGACUCGGCAUCUGAGUUGCUAGCACUUUCCACUCAAUCUCCCAUUAAAGGAGGCAGUCCUCAAAUCGACGCAGUCUCUGAUGUGAAGGAAAUUUACCCGGGGAUACCACCUUCGAGUAUCGGAAUUAACCAAGAGGAAGCUACGAGUGAAUCACUGAAUGCUGAACCCUAUGAUCAGAACGAAACAGAGUCAUCGAUUAAGAAGAACCGAUUUGAAAUCGACAGUCGCUAUUCUGAGGUCGAAAAGUCACCUUCUCCCCCUUCUCAUGUUGCCAGUGAAAGAAGAUUUCCAAUCUCAUCACCCAGAAAGCUUGCAAGUUCGGUUGGAGAAACUGAUGAUCUUGAUUUCACUCAUUCUACUUUGAGGAGGCUCUCGUUUACUGAUAUCGAGGCUAGCACUCCGCAAAAGAAAGCGCCACGAAAACAAGAGAAUGGUGACCAGUCAGUUAGCAACGUCGAUAGGACAGAAGCCACAGGUAGGCUUGUUGAACAUGAGCAAGGCCAUAAGGGAAUGAUCGUUUCUACAGCCCUGCGUUUUGGGAUCAAUAAGCAGCUGGAGAGAAUACCGGCAGUGAAAGUGGACAACUUGGCCAAGGAGAUUCAGACGCUACUGGAUACCAUUGAAUACUUAGCCGAAGUUUCUGCGACCCAGCGAGAACUUCAUAACGAUGCUGAGGGAUUAUUGACUCACUUUAUCGCAGCAAUGCCGGAAGAAGAAGAAGCAAUGAGCAUUCGAGAGUGGAUCGACCACAACGCUACGACAUGCGGACGAACUGUGCGAGAAAUAUCAGAACGGGUGAUUAGAACAUAUGAGGAAGCCUUUGACAAAGUUAUUGACCAAGUUGCCCAAAUGGAUACGGUGGAUUAA